AUGGUUUCAAAGGAGACUAUUGAAAGACCAAAGGCAACUAUCUCAGCCAAACAGGCCAGAAGAAGAAUGUCCAUGGACACAGAACUAAAGGUCAAAGAAGAAAUAGAAAGGUUGCUCAAGGCAGGAUUCAUCAAGCCAGCCAUCUAUGCUAAUUGGCUAGCUAAUAUUGUACCAGUUUUGAAAAGAAAAACCGGGGCGGUCAGAAUCUGUGUGGACUACAGAAAUCUAAAUGAAGCUUCUCCCAAGAAUGAGUACCCUAUGCCAAUAGCAGACAUGCUAGUAGAUGGAGCUGCUCGCAACCAAAUGCUGUCUUUUAUGGAUGACAAUGUAGGUUACAAUCAGAUCAUGGUGGCAGAAGAAGACAUUCACAAGACAGCCUUCAUGUGUCCAGGACACAUAGGUGCUUUUGAGUACACUGUAAUGCCUUUUGGCUUAAGAAAUGCAGGAGCCACUUAUCAAAAGGCAAUGAAUUCUGUCUUCCAUGAUAUGAUAGGGCAUUCUUUGGAAGUUUAUAUCGAUGAUGUAGUGAUUAAAUCCCUAGAGGAAGGAAGCCACAUAUCAAAUCUAAGGAGGACAUUCCUAAGAAUGAGGCAACAUAAACUGAAGAUGAACCCAAAGAAGUGUGUUUUUGGAGUCCAAGCAGGAAAUUUCCUAGGAUUCUUGGAACAAACCUUCAAGUGGGAAGAACAGCACCAACGAGCUUUUGAGGAAAUCAAGGAUUACCUCUCAAAUCCACCAGUUCUGUCCCCACCAAAGAGAGGCAGACCACUCAAGCUUUAUGUAUUUGCAUCAGAAGUAUCUAUUGGGAGUUUGUUAGUUCAAGAUAACAAGGAAGGGAAGGAACAGGCAGUCUACUACCUGAGCAGAACUCUGACAGAAGUGGAAAGAAAAUAUUCUGCAAUUAAAAGACUUUUCCUAGCCUUGUACUUCACUGCUGUGAAACUCAGACACUACAUGCUGCCAUACACCAUCUACAUCAUUGUCAAGACAGAUCUGAUCAAGUACAUGCUAACAAGACCAAUGCUGAGAGGCAGAAUUGGAAAAUGGACAUUGGCCUUGACAAAAUUUGCUUUCAGAUAUGUUCCUCAAAAAGCUAUCAAAGGACAAGCUGUGACAGACUUCCUAGCAGAUCAUCCUAGGGAGGAGAUUGAAAACAUGGACUCUUUGGACAUAGUAAAUGCAGAUCUAUUGACCAGAGCUCACACCUGCCUCAACAAUCCCAUCUAUUCAGUUCAUCUCACACCUUGGAAGCUAUAUUUUGAUGGAUCAAAAACUGAUAUAGCUUCUGGGGCAGGAAUUGUUUUGGAAGAACCGCUUGGAAUCAGACACUGUUACUCUUUCCAAUUAGAUUUCCAUUGCACCAACAACAAGGCAGAAUAUGAGGCUCUAAUCAUUGGCUUAGAAAUGCUGUGCCUAAGUCCUUCUCUAACCGUCUACUUGGUGGCAGUUAGGAAUCUUCUGACGGAAUUCAGAAAAGCUACUUGGGAGCAUAUCCCAAGGGAAGAAAACUUUGCAGCCAAUGAAUUGGCUCAAGUAGCAACAAGCAUACAAAUGCCCGAAGAUUGUGUACAAAGAAUCAUCAAGAUAAGGAAGAAAAGCCUACCAUCUGUUCUGACCAGGGGGAUGAAAAUAGAUGUCAAUUCUGCCGCAAUCACUGAAGAUGAUUGGAGAAAUCCUAUCAUGACUUACUUACGAUAUCCAACUCUGCCCUCUGAGAAGAGAGUCAGAAUCAUGACUUUGAACUACCUUAUGUGGAACGAAGAUUUGGUAUGA